AUGCCAAAUAAUAGAAAAAGACAUAUUGAUUAUAAAGAUAAUAUUUCACCUAAUAUAAAUGAUGGAAAGCCGAAAAAAAGAUGUAUUGAUGAUAAAGAUGAUAAUAUUACAACAAUGGACACAAUAAAAAAUGUUUCCUUGCUUGUACUGUCCACAGGAGAUGCCUUUACAAAUUAUGUACCAAUACUUAAAACAAUAUGUGAUUUAUGUGAAACAAUUAUUAGGCUUUAUGAUACUAUUAAAGAAAAUAAGACAAUUUCUAUAGCAUUAAUUCAUAGAGUUGAAUUGGCACAUGUAGCCAUUAAACAAAUGGAAAGAGAAAAAGAAGCAAAUGAAGAAAAUUUCCGUAAAGAAAGUUAUUUUAAAGCAUUUAAUAGGCUUGAAGCUGUUUUGAAAAAUAUUAAACAUUUUAUUAAACAUAUUUCAAGUUAUGGAGGAUUUAAAAAAUUUUUUAAUGCUGACCACAUUAAAAAGUGCUAUGAUGAUCAUGUUAAACAUUUAGAAGGAGCAUGUGCAGAUUUACAAUUCAAUGUGAUUCUUUCCAGUUAUCAUACAAUGAAACAACAAGGCAAUAACAUGGAGAAAUAUUUUGCUAAAAUAUAUGAAAAAUUUGAGAAUUUGGAAACAACAAUGCAGAAUAAUGGAUCAGUUUUAAUAAAAAAAUUAAAUCAAUGUGUGUUAUCUGACAAUUUGGAACUUAAUCCUAUAAUAAAAUUGGCAAAAAUUGAUCCCAAGGAUAUAUGA